CUCCUUUACAGUCAAAAUGAUUCCAAGCUUCACCACCUUGACUCUCUUUCUACUCUGGGCAUCAGGAGUUUCUCAUUCUGUGCUGAUCACUCAGUGGCCCCAGUACAUCUCAAGGUCUCCCAGUGGCUCGGCAGAAAUGCACUGCUACCAGAAUGACACCGACUAUCAGUAUAUGUAUUGGUACAAACAGCCGAGAGGAACACAACCUCAGUUAAUGGUUUAUGUAGUGGGCAGCUCUGCAACCUAUGAAGAAGGAUUCAAAUCUGGCUUUGAGGCAAAGAUAUCGCAGAAGAAGCAGUGGUCUCUGAAGAUCACCAGCGCUCAGAGGAAAGAUGAGGCUGUGUAUCUGUGCGCUGCCAGUCUACACAGUGCUGUGACAGACACCGAUUUCCAGUCCGAGGCGUACUUUGGAGCUGGAACUAAACUCACUGUUUUAGAGUAUGCAGUCAAGCCACCAAAUGUGGAGGUGCUCAGACCAUCAGCAAAAGAGUGUCGAAACCCUCUGGACAAUGAAAGACAGAAGACCUUAGUGUGUGUGGCCAGUGAUUUCUACCCGGACCAUGUCAGUGUAUUCUGGCAGGUUGACAAUCACAUCGUCACCAGCGGUGUAGUAACGGACGAAGCUGCCCUGCGGGAUGGCAACUUCUACAAAAUCACCAGCCAGCUGAGGGUCUCUGCUGAAGACUGGUACAAACCCGAGAGUACAUUUGAGUGCUUCGUCAGUUUUUUCAAUGGGACGGGAUAUACCAAUUAUUCCUCAUCCCUAAUCAAUGGUGAAACAGCUCCAGCCGUCGUCCUGACCAGAGAUGAAUAUCUGAGGAUCACACAGAAAGCCAAACUCUCUUACGGCGUGUUCAUCGUCAAGAGCUGCGUCUACGGAGCCUUCGUGGCCUUUUUGGUUUGGAGACUACAGAGUUCAACUGAAAAGCCGAAAAACUGAGACCUGAGCUGGGAGGAAAAUGAAGGGUUGCUUUCUGUAAAUAAAACUGAAUAAAACAUAGUGGCUAUAUUUCUGUAAAGCUGAAUGUUGCAGUGUAUUUUUACUCAUUUAUAAAUCAGGGUAGAUAACAGCCUCUUUGCUUAUUCUUAUCAAUAACUCAAAUAUAUGACUGUAAUCAAGAUAGUUUGGCAUCAGGUUUUUUAUU